UGGAGGGGGGGUCUAUAAGGUAGGGGUGGUCAGGUGAGCCUCCUUCCUGUCUGGAAAUAUUUCCGCUGGCGGACAGGUGAGAAGUCUCUACAGCUUCAGUUUGAGCUCUAACCUCUUGUUACCUCGUGGGAAUAUAAUAUGUGCGCUGCCUGCAUCUGAAUGGAAGGAGGCUGAGUUUGAGCUGUCAGUGAUGUCCAGGUCUUAGACACAGACUGAACCUCCCUCUCAUCAUGGAUUCCAAGAAGCCGGGCAUGCUGCGGCAUCUCCGCCAGAAGAUGCUGCCACACCUCCGGCGAGGCAAGACCAGCCCAACCAAGCCGAUGGACCAGCUGGAUCAUCCUAUGGACCACCGGAUGAGCUCCUCUGUCCCGGACAUGAGGGACAUGAGGCAGGAGUAUGCCCGCAUCUCCCCCAGCGCGCAGCUCCAACAGUACAACACACCCUGCUACAGCAGCCCCAACACACCGCUUGUCAAGCCUUCUAGAGGCCAGGAAGGAGGUGGGAGUGGCCUGAACAUGGGAGUUGUCGGUGGAGAAGCUGGGAGGAGUGAACACAGACUGAGUGUGCCUACGGACUGCACAGACUGGGCUUCCUCCCAGGAGUCAUUCACCAGUCUCAGUGAGAUGGAGAAGAGCUCUCCAGAGUCGAACUACAGACCUGCCAGGGGCAUGGAGCCUGAGGAGCUGGGCCUGCCGGAGAUGAUGACGGUCUACAGCCCAGACUACCCCUCUGCGUUUGUCUCACAGGACAGCACACAGUGUGAUGAUGAUUUCAACGGUCAGGGGUUAAAGGACAGGGACACCCAACAUUGUGAGAUGGGCAACGAGACUCUGAGUGUGUCUGAGAACAUCAGGGAUCCUCCCAGGUCCUUCCUGCUCACCAUCAACCUGAAGGAAGGACGCAACCUGGUGAUCAGGGACCGCUGUGGUACCAGCGACCCUUACGUGAAAUUCAAAUUGGAAGGGAAAACGUUCUACAAAAGCAAAGUGGUUUAUAAAAAUCUCAACCCCACAUGGAACGAGACCUUCUCUCUACCUGUGAAGGAUCUGAAUCAGAAACUGUACAUCAAGGUUUAUGACCGUGACCUGACAACUGAUGACUUUAUGGGCUCUGCCAGCGUUACUCUGAGUGAUCUGGAGAUAGACAAAGCCAACGAGCUGUCCUUGCCCUUGGACGACCCAAACAGCCUGGAGGAGGACAUGGGCAGUGUGCUGGUGGACAUGAGUUUGUCAGUCAGAGAUGGAGACAGCAAAAGAGGCCAAUGGUGGCCCCAAAAACGAAAACGAAGUAUUAGGUCGGGAGCUACCUCUCAGAGCCUUCGUCUGUCAGAAACACUGAAGAAGAGUCAGUUGUGGACUUCUGUUGUGUCAGUGACUCUGGUCGAGGGUCAGGAGCUGCCGCUGGAGUCUCAGGGAGGUCAGCUCUUUGUUCGCUUCAGACUGGGAGAGCAGAGAUACAAAAGCAAGAAUCACUGCAAAGUGGCCAAUCCUCAGUGGAGAGAGAGGUUCACCUUUAAACAGUUCUUGGACAGUCCAGAAAUCCUGGAGGCAGAGCUCUGGUCCAAGGAAGGACGAAGGAAUGAGGAGUGUUUGGGAACGUGUGAAGUGGACCUAUCCAAGGUCCCUUUCAAUCAGAGGCAGCUGUGCACACACACCUUGGAACACGGGAGAGGACGCUUAGUUUUCCUUGUCACACUGAACACGUGCAGCGGCGUCUCCAUCUCCGACCUCUGUGCUGCACCUCUUGAUGAACCACAGGAACGACAGAACCAACUGGACAACUAUAAUGUGAAAAGGUCCCUGAAAAACCUCCGAGAUGUUGGUUUCCUUCAAGUCAAAGUUAUCAAGGCUUCAGAUCUGAUGGCAGCUGAUUUAAACGGCAAGAGUGACCCUUUCUGUGUGUUGGAACUGGGGAAUGACAGACUUCAGACCCACACCAUCUAUAAGACCCUGAACCCAGAGUGGAAUAAAGUCUUCACGUUCCCUGUCAAAGACAUUCAUGAUGUUCUGGUGGUGACUAUCUUUGAUGAGGAUGGAGACAAGGCGCCAGACUUCCUGGGAAAAGUUGCCAUUCCCCUGCUCUCGAUCCGCAGGGGACAACAGAUCGCCUUCCCACUGAAGAAAGAGGACUUAGGUGGACUGUCAAAGGGGAGCAUCACUCUGGAGCUGGAUGUUAUUUUUAACCCUGUCAGAGCGAGUGUAAGAACCUUCCAACCCCGAGAGAGAAGAUUCAUGGAGGAUAAUCCCAAAUUUUCCAAAAAGGCUCUGGCCAGGAACGUGCUGCGCGUUCAGACACUGUACAGGGCUAUCAUGUCGACUCUGCAGUACAUCAAAAGCUGCUUCCAGUGGGAAAGUGUUCAGAGGAGCCUGCUAGCCUUCCUGGUGUUCGUGGUGACAGUGUGGUACUGGGAGUUUUACAUGCUGCCCCUCUUCCUGGUUUUGCUCAUCGUGAGGAACUACCUCCGAUUCCGCUCCGGUUGGGUCAGCCAUGACCUGGACAAUAUGGAUGUGGGGGAUGAGGAUGAGGAUGAUGAAAAGGAGUCGGAGAGGAAAGGGCUGAUGGAGAAAAUCCACAUGGUACAAGAAACCAUCAUCACGCUUCAGAACCUACUGGACGAGAUCGCUUGUUUUGGGGAGCGGAUAAAAAACACGUUCAACUGGUCUGUGCCGUUCCUGUCUGGUCUGGCUUUCCUGGUCUUCGUCAUUGCAACAGCCCUCACAUACUACAUCCCUAUACGCUACAUAGUUUUGAUAUGGGGUAUCAAUAAAUUCACCAAGAAAUUACGGAACCCGUACAGCAUCGACAACAAUGAAGUGCUUGAUUUCCUGACGAGGGUGCCUUCAGAUGUGCAGAAGGUUCAGUACGGUGAGGCGAGAGGCAACAGGAAGAGGAAAAUGUUGUAAAUGGGACCUGAUGCUGUUGCUGCUUGUGGGCCUUCACAAAAAUUCAAAAAUCAAAAACUGUUUCCAGACAAUCUGCAGGGGGUCUGCAGAAUCUCACUUUCUGCUGGUCUCAGGGUACGUGGUAGGUUUGAAUCUUAAUUUGCUGUGGUGACACGCAGCUCCGCACCGCUCGUAUCCACCAGCACCUUUCAACCAAAGAAGUCCACACCGAGGACCCCGCAGAGAUUAGUUCACCACAUUUUACUAAUGUGUCUAUCUGUGCAUUUCUGGAGCAAUUUGUAACAUUAUUCCCAAAGAUUGUAGGUGUUUUAUUGUAUGUACAGUCUAUUCUUUUAGGUACUCAGUCAGAAGCUGCUUUAUUUUAUAUUUUUAUUCCCAGGUUGUUUUCUCCUGAAACCAACUGUAAUAUCGAGUUGUAUUAUACUGAAUGUAAAUGUUUGCUAUGUAACAUUUGUGUGUAUAUUUUUACAUAAUUUACAUGGACAGAUAUGAAGAAUAUUCACCAUUUGAAAAAAAUAACAAAAUUGUUGCUUGGAUAAAAGGAAAUUUAAUUAUGGGUUACCUAAAAAUUAGAAGUCAUCAUAAGACUCUUUUUUUCUUUUUUUAGAAAAUGGUUAUGUUUUUCAGUGCAUGGUCUUUGUUGUUUUAAAUGUUAAUGAUGAAUUUCAGGUCGCAACCACUUUCCAAAUCUCUCAUACAGCUACAUAUCAAACGUUAGUAGCAAAUAUUAUGCAUCAUAUUCCUUUAAUUCUUCCGUUAACUUUUGAAAAUGGAUGGAGAGCUAUAUGCUUUCAGUACUGAGGAACUGAUUUUCCUCAGUACUGAAAGGCUGGCUUUAUGAAUUUAUUUUUACGUGUAAAGGUGAGUGCCUGCAUUUAGUUUUAGAUUUUCAUUCCUCCUACACAGAGGAUGCACAGUACUCUCCACACACUUUAUUUAUUGAUGACAAUCACUGAUGAGGACUUUGUGUCUUUCAUUUCUAACAGCAAUAAAUGCACAGUGUUGCAUCUUUCA